AUGCGAUGCAGUCUCCUUCGAAAAUCCGCCUUGGACCCGAGUUCUGUCAAGCUGACCACUUUGACGCCCAAGAAGUACACGUACUGGAUCUCCACCCUUGCCAGAAAGUCUCAGUGGCAAGAGGCUAUUGCGCUGGCCUGCUGCGUCCGUAUGGCCUCGAUGACUCAGGUUUUGGACCUGCGAAGUUUCGGAGCAGAGAUGCUUGCGUACAGCAGAGGGUCCCAGUGGAUAGCCUCCUUAGUUCUUGUGGAGGAACUACGAGCUGCCAGACUGCAGAUGAAUGCGGUGACUUGGAGCGCGGUCUUGACAGCAAUGGCAUCGGCACGCCGCUGGCAGUCAGCAUUCAGCCUCCUCCAGGAGGUGGAGGAGCAAGCACCACAUGAUGCGACGAUCGUACUUUACAACAACAUCAUCACAGCCAUGGGGCCACGGUGGCGGCAUGCAUUCGAGGUGUUGCGCAAAGCACUCGAGCGGCGCUUGCCGCCGACAGUUGUUACGCUGAACUCCUUGCUUGCUGCCUGCUCGCUCGGUGCUGAAUGGUCGAUGUGUAUUCGGUUGCUUAGUACCACGUGCUUUGGCAGCAGUGACUUGAUGUCGCUGAACACUGCGAUAGCAGCAUGCCGAAAUGCAGGACGCUGGGACUUAGCUUGGCUGCUAUUCACCAGGCAGGCUGGAUUGCCAAGGAAAUCAACGCGGAAAGUAAACGCAGAGCCUAUUGAUGUUGUGACUUGUAACACGACUGCGAGCGCCUGUGCCGAUGGCCAACAGUGGCAAAUGGUCUUAGUACUGCAUAAGCACAUGGCCAACCGCUUAAUCAAGCCCAAUACGACCACCUUCAACACGAUGAUGGCAUCCUGUGCCAAGGCACGCCGGUGGCAUCACGCAUUGGCCUUUUACAGCCAGCUGCAAGAGAGCAGUUGCCAGAGUGACAUCAUCACUUUCGCCACACUGCUUGGGGCGGCAGAAGCAUCCAGCCGCUGGCAGCAAGCUCUCAGGACUUAUUUCCACCAUCUCCAGUCGACAGUUCUCAAGCCGAAUGUGGUUGCAAACAACGCCCUGCUUGCUGCCUGUGCUGCUGGUCAACAGUGGGAAGUGGCCGUGCAACUAGCUUGUGGCGAAGACCAUCUACGCCCGCAAGACUUCCUGACACAUUCCAUCCUCGGUUUGAUGCUUCGACGUGGCGGCCAUUGGAAGUUGAUGCUCGCUCUUAUGGCCCAAGAGAAAGUCUGUCAAGAAUCUGCAGCUUUUCUCCAGACCCUGGCCUCGACCGUAUGCGGGCAGACCUGCCAUAGCUGGACUCCCCUCCGACAGACUAGGUCGGAUGCUGUCCUAACCACUUCACUUCUGAGAUUAAGCCUUUCCUAUCAGAUCGCCUCGACGAAGAUCAACGCAAAUGCUGGCACUUCUAAGUCCGUGAAUCUUCGUGACUUGUUCGUCUCCGUUGUGCAGCAAAGUACUUGGGCCGGCAAGGCUCGCCGACCUCCCGGCGCCACCAAAGAGGAUACGCGCUGCAUGGCAUCUCCAGACACAUGCACCAGGACGUCCCGGAAGUCGAUCGACACCUUUGGGGAGGCGCAGGCCACUCCGGGAGAUCUGGGCUUCCUUGUGAACCAGGCCUACUUAGGCCGGGUAUGGAAGGUCGAGAAUGGCCGUUUGCUUCGCCAACUGCAGCGGCAGCAACUCCCUCUUGGAUCCUGGCGAUGGCAAGCCGCCGAUGCCUUGACAUCACCCAUUGACACGCUGUCAGCAGCAGGAGCUUCACUGAAUCGUGGCAAGUUGCAUGUUGGGCAAGCGAGCAGUCACGAGAAAGCGGAUCCAGGUCAUGGCAGCCAUGCACUGCGGCAGGAGGAUAUCCAGUUCAACCUGGCGUACACCGGAUCGUUUGAGCUUACAGAUUGCGUGAAGCGACGUGCUGCUGCUGGCUUGUUCCUGAUUGAUCAGUCGGUGUCGGCCUCCCGUUCUAGAUCGGAGACUGUUUCGAGCUUCGCGGAGCCUUGCACUUUUCGAGAGAAGUUCCUCCUGCUGGAUCAAGACGAAGACACAGCAGACACGUCUCGGAAAUUUGCCCAGCAUGCCCCGGAAUUGAAUGUGUCCUACUUUGUGGGCCCAUGCAUUCCGUCUUUGUGGUUUACAAACGUGCUCCUCCUUGGGUGCACGGUCAGCCUUUUUGCAGCGACCUCCAGAUUGAGGUCUUGUGCUGAUGGCAGCAUAUACCCAGUGCCGCCAUACUGGAUUUGGAUCAUUUGCUUGCCAGCCAUACUUCAUCAGAUGCUCACAGAGCGGAAAGCUUUGCAUCUGGUGAAGCGAUGCUACAAGAAGCACAUGGAGAUGCACUCUCUGGAGCCCUUUGAGUUGCUCGGGAUGCCCAGCUGGGAAGUCUUGUGGACCUUAGCCCAGCGACUGACCCUGAUCCUGGGUUCUCUGGAUCUUUUCACCGACACGUACUUUGCCGGUACCAUGGGACUCGGAGGCACAGCUUUGUGCUCCGAGGGCAAGACGCAAAGAGUUUGGGAGGCAUGGUGGGAGCACAGUAUUUUCAGGCCGCUUCCAGUGAUUCCCCUGGACAUUCUGAUCUCUGUCUCCUGGCAGCUCAUGCUUCUUCAGCACAUCAUUGCUUGUGUGGCUAUGUUACGGAAAGGGACUGAUGAGGAGCGCGAUGAUGGCAAGUCGGCGCCGGUGCUACCCUGCAACGAUGAGGAGUACCUGUACAAUGAUGAUGUCUUCUUCCAGCUCAGUGAAGCUGCCGGCUUCGCCUCCAUCACGCAGAUCUCGACCAAGAUCUACAUCUGCCAGAUGCGGAAGAAGGUAUUGCAGCAAGAAGGCUACAGGAUGAUGGGAUACGGCAUGCCACUGUCCAGUAAGUACGUGAAGCGGGUCUGCCUUUCGUACCUACUCGAGGACGGAGUCCAGGUUACACUUCAAUCCUGGACCUUGGCGAUCAACACACAUCAGGCGCGCGAGCGAGCGUUGCUCCCUAUGCUGUCGCUGUGUGUCAGCUUUCUCAUGGGUAUGGUGAAGCUAAAGGAAAUGAUGCUGUUCCUGGGCAUUCGCCAGCUGAUGGAGAAUUUGGCUUCUAAAACAGAGAGAGAAGAACAUGAUGCCAAAGACAAAGAUGUCGAGUACUUCGAUUCAAGUCUGGCAGCGGUUCGCCGACACGCAAUCUGUGUGAAGAUCUCCAUGGCCUUGAUGGCUGGCGCUCUGUUCACCGCCUGCUUCACACUCUAUGCGGUCUUAUCCUGUUCAGGAGGGAUCCGGUCCUUAACAGGAUGCAUAGACAUACCCGACUAG